AUGCGGAUUAACGUCUCCGGCGCGCGACCGGAGCAUACAAUCAAUGGUUUAGAGGUCAACCUGGACGACGGCGUCGAUGGGCUGCGACGCAUUAUUGCGGAGCGGUUCCACGCUGCGCCUGAGCAGUUGCGGCUCAUUCACAUGGGACGCCUAAUUGAUGGGUCUGCCCCGCUGAGCUCGUUCCUGAGUGAGGGCGCCACGGUCCACGUGGUGGUCUCCCAGCCCGCACCUCCUCCCGGAGCUCGGCCUCCAGACAACAGCGGCGGCAACAACAGCAACGACAACAAUAUGCCCCGUCCUGGAGGUUUUCCCCUCCGUGAGUUUUUUGGCUCGCUUGCAAACAUCAUCUCCGGGGUUGAAGAUGCUGCAGGCGGAGCUUUGCCAAACCAUGCGCCCGGCCUUGAGCCGUUUGCCCGGGUCAUGUUGUUGCCGACGGGGGGAAUGGAGAUAGGCAGGGAAAGGGGUGGAAACUUUGCACCACAUCAAACGCAGCAGCAACAAAAUCAAACGCAGGAGCAACAAAAUCAAACUCAAGAAGAACAAAAUCAGCCACAGCAAGAGCCAUCUCAACAAACAUUUCAUCGCUUUGUUUUUUCGACCAACGGAAUGGUGCCAGAGGCGCCGCCACCCACCACGUUGCACAUUCACGUGCACGUGUCCCUCGAUGAGCUCGAACAACUUCCCGAGCACCUCGAGCGAUUCCGCGGGCGUAUGCGAUCCCCCGGGUGGAACGUCUACACGCAGGUUGGGCGGGGGCCUCUCCCGCAAGCCGCCCCACCUUCUGCGCAGCCAAACGCGACAGCUGCAACAGCCGAAGCGGGCAACGGCAGAGGCGGCGACAACAACGCCACUGAAGCCAGCGGUGGGGAAGGCGCCGCUGAUGACGCGGCGCGCAGCACCGGAGGAUUUGCAGGCAGUUCCCGCCCUGGACCAAAUGGGGGCGAAGACGCGGCACCCCGAGGACUGGUAGAGCUAUUCAUUGCAUGUUUCAGGGGCGAGCCACCCGAAGCCAUCCUUCGGCUUCUCUUUCAAGAGCAGCCUGCUAUCGCGGCAGCCCGCCAGCGCAUAACAGAGACAGUUGAAGCUUGGCAAAGGGAGCUGCAGGCGGGUUCGCCGCUUACACCGGAGGAGGUUCGGCGGCGCGCCGUGGAGCGCGAAGCCGGCGAGAUGAUCCAGGCAAUGCAAAGCAACCCUGAAGUGACGAGAAUCGUUGAGCAAACUGGGCGACUCGGAGUUGAUUUCUUCGCCGAGAUGCGAAGGCUCCUCACCAAUACGCUCGAGGAGUUUUUGCGCGCGGUUCUGAACCCGGCCACGGGCGCGGAUCAAGAGCAGUGGGCGGGCGGUGUGCGGGCAGUGUUUGUCCGCGCCGCAGGUAUCGCCACGGACCGUGCGCCGGUCUGGUUCGCUCAAGGGGUGGAGGGGCUUGUGAACGUCGCCCUUGUGGCCAUACGGGUUGUGAUGCAGCGGUUUGGCGCGGGCGGGAUCCACGAAAUGUUCACGCCCUUCCUCCGAAACAUGGUCCCUCACGCCCUCCGGGCCUUUCUUGCAGAAUACACGGCCCAACAUCGGCUGGACAGCGACGCUGCUUUUUUUCAGGAAAACACCGCGCCCACGGCAAGGGAAGAAACAGACGAGGAGGACGAUCUGUUAGACGAUUGCUUGGCCGAAUUCUGUGCCAAGGACGGCCCCACGGUGUCAGCUGCGGGGCCUGCGCCAGACGAGUUGCGCGACGCCGUGCAUGCCUUUGGCCGGAUUCCCGAGAGCGGGGCGGAGGACAUCGGCAGGCGCGCGCAGCGGUUCCGCUACGAGAAGCCGCCUGAGGAGACAGGCGAAAGCUCAACGAUGUGGAAGCACAUAUCAAAAAAAUAA